AUGCCCUCGUCGACCACGCCUGACCAGCAGAGACAUGGACACGACCACACAUUGGCCGUUCUCAGCGAUCUCGACUACGCACUCCUCGCGGAAGAGCGAGUGCCAGACGUUGCUGUUCUGCGGACCUUAGAGGAUGGAUCCGUGCUAUGUCUCAAUAGAGAGGGAAAUGUCGGCCUGGUGACCAUGUCCACUGGCGAGGCGACCGAUCUCUCACAAGACGUAGAAAUCAUUGGACUGGUCGGCGUCCAUCGCCGUCUAGCUGUAUUGCAUCGUGACGUCUCUGGGGUAGUCGAUUCCCUACUCGUAUCCAAUCAUCGGGUGCAACAGAUUGCCCAAAGUUGUCCGUUGAUCAAGUCGUGGAAUCAUUCCGGGUCCGGAGGUGAAUAUGACGCGAAAUGGAAGCCGCCGUCCACCCUAGUGUCUGCGCUUGAAGCAAUGGAGCUUCUUCACCAAAGCCUCGAAAGCUGGCUGACAUGGUCGCCAAUCAAGGCUGUACUCAAAUGUGAAUACAUCAACAGAUGUCUGGGAGAUAUUUCCAGCCUGUUCAUGGAGCAGGUCGACGAUACGGCGCUUAACCACGUUCUCACUGGGGUCGUACCGGCUCUGGACGCUAUCUUUUCAUCCGAGGAGCUGAUGAAAGAGAUGAUGCUCCUGGAAGACAUCAAGGCGCAGGAAUUCAUCAAUCUUUUGGACGAGGCACGCCCCCCCGCCCAACAGAUCCUUACACCAUCCUCACGAUGA